UAUAAUAAAAAAAAGGACACGCCUAAAACACGGCACAAACUCAAAAUCAAAAUCCCCAAAUUGUAUUUUCUAGGGUUUGUAAGAAAUCAUGGCUAACAUCGUGUCGGAGUUGAACAUUGAUGCUGAUCAUGAAAGGCUGAAGCGAAAGGCUGAUUUUGAUGACGAGGAGAAGAAGGAUUCUGAAAGCAGCGGAGAGGCAGAUGCUUCUGAUGAUGAUGCUUCUGAUGAUGAUGCUAGCGAAGACGAUACUGAUUCUGAAGGCGGUGAAGAUGCUGCUGCUUCUGAAGGCGGUGAAGCUGCUGCCGCUAAAGCUGCCGCUAAAGCUGCCGCUAAAGCUGCUGCUGCUAAAUCUGCCGAAGCUUAUUUUGCUGGUUUUGAAAACGAGGAAGAAAGAAAUAAAAUGCGGGAGUAUUGCAGAAUUCUGGAGGAGUCUGAUGGUUUUGAUCUCGGAAAGGAUCCCCCUACGAAUCAUAUUGGUGGUAGAAACGAAAUUGAUGUGAAGAAUUUCAAUGAUGCUCUUCUUACGGAAUGCAUUGAUGCUCUCAUUGUUGUAAUUAAGCAUCGCAACGAGGAGAAGGGUGAAAAUUUGGAAUUUGUGGAGGUGACUAAGGCAAUUUUUACAGGAUGCAUUCAUUAUUGGGUAACCUUUAUAGCUAGAAACAAGACUACAGAAAAGCUGGACACUUAUCAAUCACAGAUGUUUUACAAUGUGUCUACUGGCAUGGUUCGAGUCGAAUUGUUCAGGCUUAAACCAAGUGGAGAUAGUACAGCUAUCCAAGCUUAAUCGUAUUCAUCAAGAUGACAGAAGAUGUUUGUGAAUUGUGGACAUGUCAGCCAGAUUUCUAUUUAUAUAUACGUUUGCUGAUGGCCAUAUCCAUGAUCUGUGAUGUGUGUUAGUAUUAGGAUGGCAUAACAUAGUUCUACUUUUUGCAAGACUUUCUGGAUGUUAUUAACUUUAUCCAAUUUGAACUUAUUAUCUAUAUGUAAUAUUUAUGUUUUAGGUGA